AUGCUACCAAAAAAAGGAGGAACAGGUGCAACUAGACAAAGGCAAAAUAGCAUUAAUUCUAUUAAUGCACAACAAGGUCAAACAGCAGUAGCUGAUGUUGGAGGAACAAUGGCGAUGAGUCAUAAUCCAAGAACAAAGGCUUCUGCAGGAACAAAGGCAGGCCUGGAAAAGCAACCAAAUUUUAGCAUCGCUCCUCUAAUUCUAGAGGGCGUAACGCUAAAUAAAUUGCAACUAGAUGAUAUUAUAAAACAGCACUUAAAGGACUUACGAAUUUCUGAUAUUCAGCUAAGUCGAUCAGGAAUUUUUACACUAUAUGCAAUCGAUGUGAAUUCAUUUGAUCGUCUAUUAAAUGAGUUGACACCAAUUCUUGCAACAAAUGGACAGGCUACAGCAAAAAUAUAUAUGCUCCGAUCCAUUCAACGUAUCAAAGAUACAGAAAACGUCGCGUUUGUAAAAAACGUCGACAUCGAAAUUCCUGAAAGUCGAAUAACUGAAGCAUUGAAGGACGUUGGACUCGAUGCUGUAGAUGUUGUUCGACUUACAAAUAAAGUCAAAAACAUGCCAACUACAACCAUCAAAAUUACGUUUAUUGAUCCACAAAAUCGUAAUACAUUCAUACAUUCCGGUUUACAAGUUGAUUCAAUACAUUUUCCAGCUGAACCAGCAACACAAAACACCAAACCUGUACAAUGUUAUCUAUGUCUUAAAUACAAUCAUGUAGCAAAGUACUGCAAAACCAAGCAACAGAUAUGUGCUCGAUGUGGUGAGAACCAUCAUAUGGAUCAAUGUAGUGCUGCUCCGGAUUUGUUGAAAUGCUACAAUUGUAAAGGUAAUCAUUUAGCUACUUCUAAUGACUGUUCCAAGUAUAUAGAACAAGAAAAAAGACUGCAAAAUAUGGUCAAUCAAUAUACGACAUCGUAUACGGCAACAUCAAUACCAUUAUUAAAUGAUCUACAAGAAUUUACAUCAUACCCCAGCAUCAUAAAAUGUCAACAAGAACAUUUAAAUAGUGAUAUCUUGGAUAAACUAGUUAACAUUCUUUCUAGUGCUUAUCAGAAAGUUCAUGAGUAUUUAUAUAAAGAAAGUUAA